AGUGUUCCAGCCAGUGUUCUUUGUAGUGUAGCUUUAAUUCUAAUGUUUUAGUAUAUUCUAUAUGGAUUUGAAACAAUAUCCUAUUUCGAUGGAGUCGUCAGCGUUACAGGGCACAGAGAAUGUUUGCGUAAAGGUUCAGCGCUGUGAGGAAGUGUGUACAACAUAUGAGCUCACGUCCGCGGAAGUGUCUGUGAAGAUUGAGCCGCUGGAUGAUGUGUAUGUAAAGGACGAGUCCAAACGCGAACGUGUGUACAUACAAGCUGAGCCAUCGUACUCAGAUGUGAGUGUAAAAGACGAGUCGGCCGGCGUGAGCGCGGUGACGGAGCUGUACUCCGAACACGCCGUUAAAGAUGAGCUCGUGCUCGGCCCCGUGCUAGUGGAGCGGCGCGUGCGCCACGCACCAACAGCUUUCAACACAGAUAUUGAUGUCAAGCAGUCACGUGAGCUUGUCCCAGAGAGCACAGACGGAGACAGCCAAACACAAGUUCCGGAACCUGGCGUAGAGGAACUUAGGAACACCAAAGUUGGGAAAGCUAAAAGGAACAAUCGAGCCCUUAUUAAGGAGGAAGCCGGAUUUGUGUAUGAAGAGGCUUGUGUGAAGGAGGAGUGUGAGGACAGCACAGCCGGGUGCGGCGUGAGCGAGGCCGCCAUGCUGGCCGGCCUGUACGACGAGCACGUGGUCAAGGACGAGCUCGUGCUGGGGCCGGAGCGCCCGCACCGCCCCAUAGUCGCCCCGGUGGUGACAGCGCCCACUAUUGCCUCCUCUGCGGUGGUGUCGGGUCGGCGCGGCUCGUGCUCGGUCAGGCUGGAGCGCCUGCUGGUGGACGCGGCGCGGCGCACCUGCCGGGUCGGGCGCCGCACAUACAAGCUGCACGCCACCGAGCCCGCACCCACACCCCAUGUCACCACCACCAUCUAUCAAUGUCACCAUUGCGGCAAACUGUUCAGGAGCAAGUCGGUUCUGAAGAAGCACGGGAUUAUGGUUUAG